AUGCCCAAGCCCGAUCUGUCGUACGCCAUCAUCGGCGGCGGCAUAUCCGGCAUCGCCCUCGCCAUCGCCCUCCACCGCAGCGGCGUCGACGUGCGCAUCUUCGAGCAGGCAAGCCAGUUCAAGGCAUCGGGCGCCGGCGUGUCCUUUACCCCAAACGCCCUGCAGGCCAUGCAGGUGUGCCAUCCCGCCAUCUACGAAGCGUUCCAAAGAGUGUGCACCCGCAACAUCUGGCCCUCGAAGCAGAAGGUCUGGUUCGACUACUACGACCACCACCACGCCAGCCACCACGGCAAGCCCGCCUUUUCCAUCACCAACCAGUUCGGCCAAAACAGCGUCCACCGCGCCCGCUUCAUCGACGAGCUGGUCAAGCUGCUCCCCGCCGACAUGGUGUCGUUUGACAAGAGGCUGGACCGGUACGAGGAGCAGGACGGCGGCCGGUACCGGCUGCACUUUGCCGACGGCUCGACGCACGUGGCCGACGGGAUCCUGGCUUGCGACGGCAUCAAGUCCCGCGUGAGGCAGCUCAUGUUCCGGGCCGGGCACCCUUGCGCGACGCCUUCCUACACGUACAAGUACGCAUACCGCGCGCUGGUGCCCAUGGAGGACGCCGUCUGGGCCAUGGGCGAAGAAAAGGCGCAGAACGCAGCCAUGCAUCUGGGCGCGGGCGGCCACGUCCUCACGUUCCCCGUCAACCACGGCAAAACCGUCAACGUGGUGGCCUUUCGCGCCACGCAGCGGGACUGGCCCAACAGCGCCCGGCUGACCGCCGAGUCGACGCGCGAGGCCGCGCUGCGGGAUUUCGCGCACCUGGGCCCGGAGAUCACGGCCCUGCUGAGGCUGACGAACCCAAAGCUAGAUGUCUGGGCCAUCUUCGACCUGGGUGACAACCCUCCGCCAACCCUGUCGCGCGGCGGCGUGUGUCUCGUCGGCGACGCCGCCCACGCAACCUCGCCGCACCACGGCGCCGGCGCCGGCUUCUGCAUUGAAGACGCGGCCGUGCUGGCUCACCUCCUCUCCGACAAGAGGGUCGCCGACCACGUCGCCCUGCGCGUCGCCCUCCAAGCCUACAGCGAGGCUCGUCGAGAGCGCGCGUCGUGGCUCGUCCAGAGCAGCAGGCACAUGGGCAACAUGUACGAGUGGCUGGCGCCCGGCAUACAGGGCCUGGCCGAGGUUGAGGAGGAGAUCAAGUGCCGCAACGGGGUCAUUGCCGACGUGGACGUCGCGGGCAUGUGCGGCGCGGCCAGGGAGCUGUUUGCCAGGGGCUACGACAUGCUGCAGCAGAACUGGAGGAACGACAAGCGAGCAGGCGGGGGAAUAGGGUGCGCCCUUUGA